CGCGUCACCAAUAUCUCGUCAAGUACAAAGUUUGAUCAUCGCGUUUCAUUUGAUAUAAACUAAUUUCACAUUUAUCCGAGAGAACGUAGCUCAUAAUAAACCAGCUGUUGCGUUGAAGUUAGUCAAAAGAAAAAAAUUGAACGAAAAGAUGUAAAUGUAAAUUCUAAAGUAUAAAUUCUCCUAAAUGCAUCCGUGGAAUAAUUUCGUAAUUUCAUGGUUGCUGGAUAUGUGUCACUCUUGUACAGCAUUAGCGACAAACCCCUAGAGUACUGGAGCAAACAGCAUUCGCAGUCGGGUCGUAUACGUAAGAUCUUGGAUUCGGAUUUAUUAGAAAAUGUCAUCGAGAUACAGGACUUCGAGCAGCCCCACGGGUACGGCACUUCCAUCAUCUGUCCCUCUGAUUCCUCCCAGUUCCUUAACGUCGAACUACCGAUUUUGGUCGUGAUCAUAAAAAACUUGAACCUACAGUGUCGCUUGCAGAUACAGGUGGCAGACACUCAGAACUGUCUGCACCAUUUCCAAUUCACCAGCGCGGAAUCGGAGAGGCAGAACUCUAGGGGCGUAAUCUGUCGCGUCAAGGUGAAACUGGAGACCGGUUGGAACAAAUUGGAAUUGAACCUAUCGACCCUGACUCAGGCCGCGUUCAAGAGACAAUACGCCGUCACGCAGAGAAUACAGAUAUGCGGCAACUGUCGUUUACGUAGAAUAUAUUUCAUAGACAAGCACUACGAGGAACAAGAGGUCUGCCCCGAGCUGUACCACAAGUUCCUUGACUCCUACAUGCUCAAGUGGGGCAUCCGCGCCGUUGAACGAUCCACUCAGACGAACAAUAAACGGAACAAGAGCAAAGUCAAAGGCAACAAUCUCCGGCUCGUGAAAAACUUCAGUGCUGAUAAUAUCAGUAACGGUGAAGCUAGUCAGAGCAGUCCUAAGAACUCCGCCGGACGCAGGAGUUCCGCUGGACAAAGAUCGACCGACGAAGACUUUCUGAGGAACUUACAGAUCAAGACGGAUAUACUGAUCAACGAAUUUUUCGACAGACAGAGCAGCAAGAUACCACACGUGCUGGAUUUGAAACAGAACACGAAAUUGAAACCCUACGCGUUUCCGUCGGUGGCUUCGAAAUCGAAACCUCUGGGCAGUACCCGUGUUUCCGAGGACGUGUUGAAAAGGAUCAAUGUCGCGCGUACGUUCACGGAAACCUACAUAGGCAACGAGGAGAAACGAAAGGACAACAACGUCGUCCGGAUUAUACAGGAUAAUUGGAAACACAGAUACUUCGUUCCUCAGGACGAUAAAUUGAGUAAAAGCAGUUCGUUGAACCAGGCUGUAAAGAGAACAAUGUUGGAACGGAAACCAAAGUCUCUGCUCCUUUUAUCCGAACUAAAACCUGGUUCUGGGAAACUUAAGCCCGCGGAACCGCCGGCGAAAAGCGCUGACCCAGCUAAUCGUGACGAGAGUGGCACAUUUAUAAGUUAAUUGUUAGUUGACGUAACUUCAGUAUUAAUUAAUUGUAAUACGAUUAAAGUAUCGUAUUGCCCGUUGCUCUUCGGUGCGAAAUUGUAUUAGAUUAAGAAUAAGGUA